GAUACUGGACCACGCCUAGCGGCGACGGUGAUCGUUCUAUCCAUUAUGGCCUACCCUUUACUGGCAUUACGAGUCUACAUUAGGCUGAGCACACGAGCAUGGGGUGCUGACGACUGGUCUAUGCUGUUCGCAGCCAUACCAUUCACUGCUCUGACGAUAGCAUGUCUGGGUGGUGCUUUCAACGGCAUUGGUGGACAUGAAGCUGAGCUGGGCGAGAAACAGGUCUCGAUCGGCCUUCAUUGGUUCUUCUUCUUCGAAGUCUUCUACUGCAUUGCAAUUGUGCCAAUCAAGCUUAGUAUCUCCUUGAUGGAAAUCCGAAUUGCGAGCAGUAAGAAAAGCUUCAUCAUUGCGCUAUGGGUCACCUCCGGCAUGUUCAUCGUCAUGAACAUCAUCUCUCUUUUCGUUAUCAUCUUCCACUGCAACCCGAUCUCCUGGGCAUGGGAUACAACAACUCCUGGAGGACAUUGCAACUCCGCAACUGUGCUUACCAACAUCUACUAUGCCGAUACUGCCGUCAACAUUUUCACCGAUUGGUUCUGCGCAUUGCUGCCUGUUCCUCUGUUGUGGUCAAUUCAGCUCAAUCGCAACUCCAAGGUCUCGGUCGUCUUCCUCUUGAGCUUGGGUGUUCUCGCCAGUCUUUCAGCCUGCAUUCGACUCAAGUACACCGUCAACCUGAACAACUCCACAGACUACAUUCACGGUGUUGGCGACAUUGUCAUCUGGGGUUACGCCGAAAAUGGUAUCGGUAUGGUUGUUGGCUGCUUGAGUACCUUGCGUCCAUUGUUCCGCCGUGUCUUCCAGCUCGGCAGCUCG